AUGUUUGCAAUACUAAAGGGAGACAACUGUGAAAGACAGGAGGUCGUAUCUAACUAUGAUGGUGGAGGAGGAGGACCUUACUACUGCUGCAGGAGACACCCAUCACUGUCUCGUUACCUAAGGUUCAAUGGCGGGAAGAUCUACACGUAUAUCGGGGAGGUGUGUGUCUCCAUCAACCCCUACAGAGCCAUCAAUCUCUACGGCAAGGACUACGUCAACCAAUAUAAAGGUCGGGAGAUCUUUGAGCGGCCGCCACACAUAUUCGCCAUUGCGGAUGCCUCAUAUAAGGCGAUGAAGCGACGGGGUAAGGACACCUGUAUUGUCAUCUCUGGUGAGUCAGGCUCGGGCAAGACUGAGGCCUCCAAGAUUAUCAUGAGGUACAUCGCUGCCGUCACCAACGUCGCCGGCCAGCAGGAGGUGGAGAGAGUGAAGAACGUGCUCCUACAGUCCAAUGCCAUCCUUGAAGCCUUCGGUAAUGCCAAGACCAACAGGAAUGACAACUCUUCUCGGUUUGGCAAGUACAUGGACAUCAACUUUGACUUCAAGGGUGACCCAGUUGGUGGUCAUGUUGAGAACUACCUCCUGGAGAAGUCAAGGGUUGUGUUGCAGCAGCAGGGGGAGAGGAAUUUCCACUCUUUCUAUCAGGUCCUGUUUGGAGCCACAGAUUCAGAGCUGUCUCGUCUGAAACUGAAGCGUGAUGUCAACAGCUACCACUUCAUCUGUCAGGGCGGCACACCAAGGGUAGACUCUAUUGCUGACAAAGCUGACUACAAGACAUGCCAACAAGCUUUCAAGACAUUAGGGUUCACACCUGAACAGACUGAUGCCAUAUGGAGAGUUGUUGGGGCUAUCCUACACUUGGGCAAUGUUGAAUUUUCCUCUGGUGGAGAUGAGACCCAAAUUCAAAAUCCCAAAGUUGUGAAAAACAUCGCAGAACUCCUGAAUGUCUCCCCAGCUGAUGUGAACAAGGCACUGUGUCAUCGAGUCAUUGCAGCACGUGGGGAGGUCAUGGAGAAACGACACACAGAAAGUGAGGCCAGUUAUGGUCGUAAUGCAUUUGCAAAGGCCAUCUAUGAGCGACUCUUUUCAUACAUCGUGGAAGGAGUGAAUAAAGCUAUUGAGGUCCGCUAUGAAGGCACAGCUGCCCGCUACAAGUAUAACACUGUCAUUGGCGUGUUGGACAUCUAUGGGUUCGAGAUCUUUGAACGCAAUAGUUUUGAGCAAUUCUGCAUCAACUAUUGUAAUGAGAAACUACAACAGCUAUUCAUUGAACUGGUGUUAAAACAAGAGCAGGAAGAGUACAAGAGAGAAGGUAUUGCUUGGCAGAAUAUUGAAUACUUUAAUAACCAAAUUAUAUGUGAUUUGGUUGAGCAGUCACACAAAGGAAUCAUUGCAAUCAUUGACGAGGCUUGUCUCAAUGUCGGAAAAGUGACAGAUCAGAUGCUUCUUGAGGCUAUGGAGAACAAACUGAAGGUCCACAAACACUUCACCACUCGCAAACUCUCACCUAUGGACAAAGAGCUCAAGCAUGUAGAAGAAUUCCGCAUCAAACACUAUGCUGGAGAUGUGGUGUACUGCAUCAAUGGAUUCCUGGAGAAGAACAAGGACACACUCUUCCAAGACUUUAAGAGAUUAAUGUACAGUUCCUCUGAUCAUGUUAUCUCUAGCAUGUGGCCUGAAGGAGCCCAGGACAUCACUGUGACAACAAAACGCCCCCUUACAGCUGGAACACUGUUCAAAAACUCAAUGGUGGCUCUAGUGAAGAACCUGGCUUGCAAGGAGCCAUACUACAUUCGCUGUAUAAAGCCCAACGACCAGAAGUCUCCUGUCAUCUUUGACCAAGAACGAGUCACUCACCAGGUAAACUACCUUGGUUUGGUGGAGAACUUGCGAGUGAGAAGAGCCGGAUUUGCAUACAGACAAAGUUAUGACCGGUUUCUAAGAAGAUAUAAGAUGAUCUCUCAGUAUACUUGGCCUAACUUCCAUGGUGGUAGUGACAGAGAGGGGACCAAGAUCCUGGUGGAGGAACAGGGCUUUACCAAUGAUGUUAAGUACGGCAACACCAAACUCUUCAUCCGCUCUCCACAGACACUCUUUGCUUUGGAACAGGGAAGAGCAAAGCUGAUCCCAGGAAUUGUGAUCUUCUUACAAAAAAUGUGGCGAGGAGCUACGUGUCGAAUGCACUACAGACGCAUGUGUGCUGCCCUGACCAUCCUGCGCCACUACAGGCUCUACAAGAUGCGAUCAUACAUGUUGGAACUGAACAGAGUAUUCAGGAAUGUGAAACAAAUGCAGGACUAUGGAAAACAUUUGCGUUGGCCAGCCCCGCCCCUGGUGUUGCGCUCAAUGGUGUCAGAUUUCCAGAACAUACACAACCGAUGGAGAGCUCACAUGACCCUCUGCAAUGUCCCCAAGACAGAUUGGCCUCAACUUCGAAUCAAGGUUAUUGCUGGAGAUGCACUGAUGGGAAAGCGAAUAGACUGGGGUGUUCGGGAGAGCUGGGAAGGCAACUACUUGGCCACCACAAAAGAGAACCCUGAAGCUUCAACCUUCCAGUCUGCUGUCAAAAACAUGAGGAACAAAGAUGGAUUCAGGGAGGUGUUGUUCUCUAGUUUGGUGCGGAAGAUCAACAAGAAAGACAAGAUGGCCGAGCGUGCAAUAAUGCUGACAGACAAACAGAUAUACAAGUUACACAGCAAGACCUUCAAGCCUCUUAGAUCUCCCAUUCCCAUUUUAGAAGUGAGUGGAGUAAGUGUCAGUCCAGGUCAAGACCAAUUAGUAAUCAUCCAUUUGAGAGGUGGCAAUGACCUAGUGAUUUCUUUGUCAUCACAAGCAAAUGCCAACCGUGUUGGAGAACUAACAGGACUAUUGCUCCGGCAGUAUCAGCUUCUCAAUCGCUCAGACCUCCGAGUGGUUGUAGGGUCAAGUCUCCAGUGCAUGCUUGGUAGCAAAUCUCGAAUGGUGACUGUCGAGGAGAGCAAUGUUGGAUCUUUUGCAGCAUUUAGGAAAGGUUCAAAGCGUGGAGACAUGGUAUACACUUGGCCCAGCUCUCUGAACAAGGAACUGCCUCCGCCCAUCAGGACACACACUAGGCAUGCUCCACCGCCACCAUCUCGUCCUUCAGGAGCUAAUGGUUAUGGCAGUGGAAAUGGUCAUGGCAAUGGAAAUGUUCGUGGUAAUGGGCAUAUUAAGGAUAAUGGCUACACAAAUACCAACAACUUAAAUCAAGGAAAUGGAAAUAGUAGAGUGUAUGCAAAUACUGGUAGAUAUUAGCUAAGUACAGUAUGAUGCAAGUGGUUGGUGGUUUUGUUCAGAGAAGUAAUUGUGAGUGAGAAACAGUUACCUUGAUAUUAACAGUGGGAUUUAACAGUUAGUUACUGGUGAUACUGAAUGUGUGCCUUACAUGAAAGUGUUCUUACACAUUGUGUCAGGGCAAGUAAAACUAUGGAGUCUGUGCAAUUCCAGUAUUUCACUAUAUUUUGUUUUGUGUAAAGUCACAUGGGAAUGCAUUUUUCACUUUCAUUGAGUAGGUAGGUUGCAGUUAGUGUCAACAUUCAUUUCAUAUAUCACUGAAGCCAUUUUAAAAAAGUUUCAUCUCAUUUCUUUGAUACCACAAUUAGCUUUGUUCCCUUUUUCAUGAAUGCUUUGAGAUUUUACUGAAAUAUGGGUGACAACCCAAACUAUUUUCAUAAAUUUAGUGCAGUACUUUUAAUAAGUUUCUCAUAUCCAUUAAUGACAGUAUUUCUAUGGUUUCACUUGACAUUUUUGUAAGGUACAUGAUAUAUAUCUUUUACAAUGCUAUACAUAUCUAAUAUCAUUGUUUUCCUGAUUUUAUAAUUCCUGGUUUAAGAAGGCCUUCCUAUUUAGAUAUAGGAUGUAGCUUUUCAAGAUACAUAUAAUAUUCUUCAAGACUUCAGCCUAGUUGUGUGGGUUUCAAGUCUGAUAUCAAGUAACAUAAAGGCAAUGUGAGCUAUUGCAUUCUGAUUCACUCCAAAAUAUAGUUUAUUGUUUUUUUGUUGUGUGUAUUUCCAUCACAAAGGUCUGCACAUCCUAAUUUUCACAAUAUGAAUGAAUAGCUGGUGCCUUGUUGUUCAACCGUGAAUCAACCUGUGGUAUGAAGUUAAGAAGAACAACCUCUAUUUCUUGUGUUUCUGUUCUAUUGGGAUGAUAAGUUACAAGGCUAAAGCACCUAUCAGUGAAAGGAAGAGAGCAGUGGUGAACAUGAGGAUGAUCAGUUGUACAGAUUGUGAGAGUUGGAUAUGGUGUAGCUUCAAAUUACAUGGUGGAUUGACAUUUUGUAAAUAAAGUAAGUACAGAUAAUUUAAGGUACUAGAAGGCUGAAAUUUUUGCCAUGUUUAAGAAUUCUUUUGUUGAAACAAAUAAUUUUGAGAUACAUGUUAAAUGGGAAGGCAUGUGUCAUUUGAUUUUUCCCAGAAGUAUAAUGGGAGUAAUAGUAAUUGGGGUAAAAAGAACACUAAGUGCAGUGGCUACUCUAUAACGUUCCAAGAAAGGUAUAUUUUGAAGCCAUAAUGCUCAUUAGUGGAAAAUGUAAUGUUGGAAGCAUUAUUUAAACUUUUGUAAUUAAAUAUGACAAUCCAAUUGAAUUGCAGUAACACAGAAUACAAAAUAUGAUUUUAUUCACUGAACAACAGCCUGUACAAUAUAGUACAGGUAUAUAGUAUAACAAUAGGAAGGUCAAUACCUAUAAGAAUAAAUUUUAGUUAGAAAUCAAAGUGAGGUUUACAAUCGUAUCACAUCAAGCAAGAACUACAAAAUUAUUCAGUUGAAUGAAUUAAGACCUCUGCCACUUGCUGCUAAGAGCAUAAAUUUUUCUUAUCUCAUAUUUAGAAAAGAAAAAUUACAUGAUGUAGAGCAGAUAAUUGUCAGAAUCAUCUAAUUUAUCAGCAACAGAAAAUUUGGGUUAAUCAGAUUUCAAAUAGACAAAAAAGAUAUUUACUGUAAUAACAUUGGAACCUUGACCACCACUUCCUCCAAAUAGGGCAGUGGCAGUAAGCUGUUGUACUGGUAGUACUUAAGUCAUGCAUUUCAUAAUUUAGGAAUAUCUUGACAGUUUUGAGCAUGACCUUGUACUUUUCUAUGUAAGCUGUGUUGUAUGAGAGUGUACAGACUAGUUGUGCCAUUUUAUGGGUGAGUAAUGAGUGUGCUGAGUGGAAUGUGUUUUGUGUAUGUAUAUAUAUAUAUAUAUAUAUAUAUAUAUAUAUAUAUAUAUAUAUAUACAGUAUAUACUAAGUAGUUUUAUGUUCAUUGUUUUUCUUGCCACUCUACAAGAUACACUUAAUUGAUGCAGUUUAAUCUUGGGAACUUAUAUCUUUGACCAAUACUGUUAAUUCUAUAUCUUGUGUGUCUAUUGCUGGCAUAAUAACAAGCUUUAUAAUAUGAACAAAUAUUUUUUUUAUUAGACCAGUGAAGUAUAAGAAACAUACUGUUAUUACAUAGAGUUAAAGUUUUCAGAUAUAUUCCAUCUUACUUAAAAAAUCAUGAUGUUUUUUACAGGCAAACUGCUGGUUUGUAAAAGAAGUAUUUCAAACAGGUAUUAACAAACGAGAACUUUACUUUAUGGACACUCGACGAUAAUUAACUUUUUUACAUUUUGAUGUUUAUAUUACAAGUACAGUACAGUACACUUGUACAAAAGGGCCUUGUUUAGGUUACAAUUGGCAAGCUGCAUCAUAUUCAUUUGAUGCUUUACAUUUAUCAGAUGUAACCUCGUCAAUGAUUGUAAAAUACAUUUUUUCUUUGGCCAAUCAAAUACAAGUAGUUGGUUGGUGAUACAGGUAUGCUUUUAUUGUACAAUAUACAGUAUACAAGUAUACAAAGUGAAUCAAUAAGUCAAAAAUUAAUUGUUUUGUUUAUGCUUACUGUACUUUCAUACCAAGCAAAACCAGCUAUCUAGAGGAAAUUGGCCUUGCUUCUCCAGUGCUCCAGAUGCUUUCACAUGCUGAUACUGCAAGGGCAUUAAGAUCCCUUGACAAUUUGCCAACGUGAUAAUUGAAUUAUUAUGCAAUGUAGUUGCAGAUUUUGUUGUAAUUUUGUAUAUUAUAUUGAUAUUUAUGAAUAAAACAAUGUUCCAUUU